GAUUGUUACUGAUCUAUGGAUUCAAACUUACAUGCUAUAUAAGAUGAGGAAGACUUUGAAACCCUUCACAAUAAGUACAGAGAACUCGUUACUUUUUCUCCAAAAACCAAAAGCUAGAUAAAUUAGAACAAAAAUUUAAAGACCUUGAAAUUAGUUCCAUUUCAACUAAUUUCUGAAUCAAACAUGUCUGAUCAGGGUAAUAAAUCAACUAAUCACACUUCCUCAUUAUAACCAAUUUAAGUAGUUCAAUCUCUUAAUAUCCUAUAAAAUGAGCAGCCUUCCAAUAGAAGAACCUGUCCUCUGAUUGAACAAUCAACCAAGAGUCUCUCACCUACGAAAAGCUCUUGUGAGUUAGCUUCCGAUUACACUUUUAAAUUAUAUGAGGGUUAUAAGAAGGUGCGAUUUCGAAUUAAUGAAAAAAUUGAAUGA